AUGGCUCCCUCUAAGGUGCCCAAUGCAGGCCAGACCAAUGGUUCAGCUAAGGGUAAACUUGACAUUGAUAGUGUACAGCUUGAAAAAUUGUUUAUUCGAGAUGCCGACGUCUUCCAGACCACCCUCGACUCUGAGGACUACUUGGACAGUUUGGCUCCACUCAUCAAGGAUGCCUUGAAGGCCAAUGCGUUGUCGGAGUUUAUCGGCAAGCUCAAUGAUAUAGUCAAGCAAAAAGACAGUGAGCUCAAUGACAUUUCGCUAGGCUCUGCUCGAGACAUCAACAAAUGCAUCAAGUCGAUUGACGGGGUGUCUCAGGAAUCGGCCAGUCUCAGCAAAACAAUGCAGCAUGUGAAUAACUACUUGAACAAAUCCGCUUUCGAACUUGUGGCUCGGAAAAAGGCUCUUAUAAAGAGCAAGGAGACCACCGGAAAGGUUAACGAAACCAUAAUGACGUUGAAUCUAUGCAACCAGGUGUUGGAAAUCAACAACAAAAUUUUGGAGCUAAUCAAGCAGCAAAAGUCAUUCAGCGCAUUGAAGUUGAUUGACGAGCUUCAGACAAUUCAUUUGCCUAAGGUCAGGGACUUCUCAUUCUCGGUCAAGAUAGUCAAUUCCAUUCCUCAUAUGACCAACAUGAUCAAGGAGGAGUCAUUCGAAAGUCUCAAGAUGUGGUUGACCACCCAUUUGGAGAGGAAGAUCGAUAGAAUAGGUGACCUGCUUUACGAGAACCUAUACAAACUUGAUGAACACUGGGAAUCACUACGAAAUGACUCCCGCAGUGGCUUCCUCCUACCUCACCGACUCAAUUCACCUAUCGAAGUCUCCAUGAGAGACCCCGAAUUGGCAUUCCAUGUAUUUGAACCUGAAGAGCUCGGAAUCUCUUUGAAUCCAAUCUACGAUUGUAUUCUAGUCUACAAUUCCUUGAAAGACUCUUCAACGCUUUCCGGGAUGUAUCAUAAAGAAUGGAUGGAAAAAUACAGGAAGAUUAUCCAUCCAAUUACUCUUUCUGCCACCAAGUCUUAUGACAGACUGCCGUACAGCCAAGAACCAUCUGUACUGUUCCCAGAUCUCAACAGUUUGGAAACUUACUUGCGCAAAAUCUCUGCGUUCUUUGUUGCUGACAAGGAACUAAACACGAGAACAAAGUUCGAGCUUCGUUCUAAUGCUACAUCGGACGAUCUUUGGGAAUCCUACGUGCUUAAGCUUAAACCGGUCCUCUUGAACUUCCUAAACACAAGAAAGUGGCUGAGAGACGACUUAGAUCUUCUCUCCAACUUCAAGGAGUGUCUAGGUCACUUUCUUCAAGUCAUGGAGAAUAGUCAGUUCAAGAUAACUGAGCUCUACGAAAUCAUGAUCAUCAUUUUCAGGGACUACUUCGGUCCUAUUUUGAUUGAAGACUUCAGACUUGAGUUUAUGACUUCUAUUCAAUCUGACCAUUACAUGCCCCUUGGUGUAUCAGAAAGAGAGGACUACGACAAUGUCAUGAAGCUUUGCUGGUACCGCAGAGACGCAAGUUUCGCUCCAAAAAAUGUCAAGUCAAUGCCCAUCUCCUUUCCAUUCAGCGAAGAUUACGUUCAUUACUGCUUAGGCAUCAGAACAUUGAUGCAAGAUAUCUUGGACUUCGUUUCCCGCCAAUACAACUACGACCUCAAUGAAAUCAACAGAAUUAUCGUGGAAGAGAUUUUCGAAAGAGUGUUGGGUGACGAGCCUGGUGUUGGUAUUUGUAACGACAUAAAGGAAUUCAUCAGCAAGAACUCAGGAAACAAGGAGAUAGUUGUUCAGAGUUUCUCAAACUUGGAGUACUACGUGUACAGUUUGUAUGAGAUUGGAAAGCUUCUCGAUUCUAAGUUGCGCAGGUAUAAUGGUAUCGGCAUCAUGAACAUUGAUACCAACUCGAUUUUCAAAUUACGUGCAAUUGAACUAUUUACAAGCGUCAGAAAGUUCUCUGAGGACACUAUUUUCAGCAUGGUCGAUCAAAAAUUAGCAGAACUUGUUGAUUCUGUUGAAUACGACGAUUGGUAUCCUGCUACACCAAACUCCGAUCCCAACUUCUUCAUCCUUGACUUUUCGCUUUUCUUGGAGAACAUGUUCAACUCGAUCUUUUCCAAUUUGCCGAGCUCAUUUAAAACCUUGGGGUUAUUCAGAAGUUAUGACUUUAUUUCUGAGCAUUUCCUCAAUAUUCUCGUGAACGCCAGAGGCUUCAACAAGAUCGCAAUUCAGAACUUCGAUCUUGACGUCAGGCAUCUCGAGCUGUCCAUGGCGAGACUAGCUGAUUCAGGCAAUACUGACGAACAAGGUGGCUCUGUUGCGUUACAAUCCACUUUUGCAGAGUUGAGGCAAACUAUUGACAUGUUGCUCUUGGAUGACUAUGAGGAGUUCAAGAAGAAUGCUUCCUUUAGAAUGCGCAGAUUCGACAGAUUGAAGUAUGAAACUGCUGUGGGCUUGGUAAAGAAAAUGAAACGGGAUGUUGACGCUGAUGAUGAUGAAGCUGCCGUUGGAAACGACACAGUUGGUAGCAUAAGCUCUGGACUCGAACGAGAGAACUCAGUCUUCGGAAACUCUGCGGCAAAAUUCCAGCAGUGGAGACUGAUGAGAAGAAACGAUAAUCAUCAACAAUAG